AUGCCGCAUAUCAAGUCGCGACUUGCCGGCCUGUCAUGUUACGCCUUACGGCAUACUGUGGAUUUUGAUAAAUAUACUGCAUUGUCUAUGGCAGAAGAUAUUGGCCGACUUGCUCGUCUCCACCAACAUGACAAGGCUGCCUUUUUGGAUGUGGCAACUCAUACUUUGCAUUCCUAUCUCGAUAAGUCCCAGGACCAUUUUUGUGCUUAUUUCCUCGCCUUGUUUCCCGAUAAAAACUACAAAAUUCUCGACCCCAUCGCAAAAGUUGACAAGGCGUUUGAAGCACCUUCUUCUGGUAAUCGUCCCGUUUUUUGGCCUGUUGCUACUCCUUGUCGCGACACCACAUUCCAAUUGCAGAAUGUUGUAUGUUUCUACUGUGGUGUUCCUGGCCAUAUGUCUCCCCGUUGUUUUUGGAAGAUGCGUCAAGCAUCCAAUUGUCGUUUUACUCCAUACCGGAACCAGAGGCUGCCUCCUGGUGGUAGACCUGGACCACAAUAA